GGAAACUCUGUGAGCACACGCCACAUGCCAUAUGUCUAGAUGCAAGAAUGUUCAGCGCCGUCAUGGGCAGGCACUGGACAUUUGUGAGGAUAUUUCUGACCAUGUGGAGCAGAUCCAUGCCCUCCUUGAGACGGAGUUUUCCCUAAAGCUGCUGUCCUACUCGGUCAACGUCAUCGUCGACAUCCACGCAGUGCAGCUGCUCUGGCACCAGCUCCGCGUAUCCGUGCUGGUCCUCCGGGAGCGCAUCCUGCAGGGGCUGCAGGACACCAAUGGUAACUACACCAGGCAGACGGACAUUCUGCAAGCCUUCUCUGAAGAAACAAAGGAGGGCCGGCUUGAUUCCCUCACAGAAGUGGACGACUCAGGGCAGUUAACUAUCAAAUGUUCUCAGAACUACUUGUCUCUGGAUUGUGGGAUUACUGCAUUUGAACUUUCCGACUACAGUCCGAGUGAGGAUCUGCUUGGAGGCCUGGGCGACGUGCCCACGAGCCAGGCCAAAACUAAAUCUUUUGACUCCUGGAGCUACAGCGAGAUGGAAAAGGAGUUCCCUGAGCUCAUCCGAAGCGUUGGGCUGCUUACAGUGGCCACAGAGCCUGUUCUUUCCGGCUGCGGAGCGGCCAGUGAGGACUCAUCUCAAGUGUCCCUUUCAGACGUCCACAAAGGUGACCGUGAGGAAGACGGUGCUCCUGUACCGGGUGAGGAGCUGGGCUCAACCCUCGGGGACACACUGACAAAUGCUGCUGAACACCCUUCGGAGACAGCAAAACAAGAAAAGCAAGAUUCUACUUCCUCCCCACAGCUUGGUGUGAACAAACCCCAGCCCGGUCCUUGUGAAAUUACAACUCCCAAGAGAUCCAUCCGCGAUUGCUUCAAUUACAACGAGGACUCUCCCACGCAGCCCACAUUGCCCAAAAGAGGGCUUUUUCUAAAAGAAACUCAUAAGAAUGAGCGGAAAGGCAGUGGUGGGAAGGGGCAGGUGGUUGACCUGAAGCCUGAACUGAGCAGAAGCACCCCUUCCCUGGCGGACCCGCCCGACAGAUCAAAGCUCUGCCUAGUGUUGCAGUCUUCCUACCCCAGCAGCCCUUCUGCCGCCAGCCAGUCCUAUGAAUGCUUGCACGAAGUAGGCAUCAGCAAUCUUGAAAACAUAGUCAAAAGCCACAUUAAAGAAAUUUCUUCCAGUUUGGGAAGGCUUACUGACUGCCAUAAAGAGAAACUGCGACUGAAAAAACCUCACAAGACCUUGGCCGAGGUGCCUCUGUGCAAAAUACCUAAACGGGGAGCUGGUUCAGGAAAGCAAUCUGAGAAUACCAGGAGCUCAGCAGUGCCGAGCAUGGUGUCUCCUAGAGCUUCCAAAGCCACGGGGAGACCAGAAACAGAUUCUGCGUCUACAGCCUCAGGUGACCUGUGCCGUCAGAGAAAUCGGAAUGGACAAUUGCCAGUGCAGUCAAAGGCCUCCAGUUCACCCCCUUGCAGUCACAGCAGUGAGUCCUCUCUUGGUUCAGACAACAUCAAAUCCCCACUUCCUCUUCUUUCAAAAAGCCAAAAAGGCUCCCCACCUGCUCCACGUCACGCCACACAGAAUGGUCAGGUGGCAGAGGCCUGGUACGGCUCUGACGAAUACCUAGCUCUGCCGUCUCACCUCAAACAGACGGAGGUGUUAGCUCUGAAGCUGGAGAAUCUAACCAAGCUUCUACCCCAGAAACCCAGAGGAGAGACUAUCCAGGAUAUUGAUGACUGGGAACUGUCUGAAAUGAAUUCAGACUCUGAAAUCUAUCCAACGUACCACAUCAAGAAAAAACACACAAGGCUAGGCACGGUGUCUCCAAGCUCAUCCAGCGACAUAGCCUCAUCUCUCGGGGAGAGCGUUGAAUCUGGGCCCCUGAGUGACAUUCUUUCUGAUGAGGACUUAUGCAUGCCCCUGUCCAGCUUGAAAAAGUUCAUUGAUGAGAAAUCAGAGAGACCUUCAUCCUCUGAGAAGAGUGAGAGCCAUUCUGCUACGAAAUCUGCUUUAAUUCAGAAACUAAUGCAAGAUAUUCAGCACCAAGAUAACUAUGAAGCCAUCUGGGAGAGAAUUGAGGGGUUUGUGAACAAGCUGGAUGAAUUCAUUCAGUGGCUAAACGAAGCCAUGGAGACCACGGAGAACUGGACCCCUCCUAAGGCCGAGACGGACAGCCUUCGGUUGUACCUGGAGACACACUUGAGUUUUAAGUUGAACGUAGACAGUCACUGUGCCCUCAAGGAAGCCGUGGAGGAAGAAGGACACCGACUUCUGGAGCUUGUCGCUUCUCACAAAGCAGGACUGAAGGACAUGCUGAAGAUGAUUGCCAGUCAAUGGAAGGAGCUGCAGAGGCAAAUCAAACGGCAACACAGCUGGAUUCUCAGAGCUCUGGACACCAUCAAAGCCGAGAUACUGGCUACUGAUGUGUCUGUGGAGGACGAGGCGGGGACGGGAAGCCCCAAGGCUGAGGUUCAGCUCUGCUACUUGGAAGCGCAGAGAGACGCUGUGGAGCAGAUGUCCCUCAAACUAUACAGCGAGCAGUACACCAGUGGUAGCAAGAGGAAAGAAGAGUUUGCCGACAUGUCGAAAGCACAUUCAGUGGGAAGCAAUGGGCUUCUGGACUUUGAUUCAGAAUAUCAGGAGCUCUGGGAUUGGCUGAUUGACAUGGAGUCCCUUGUGGUGGACAGCCACGACCUGAUGAUGUCAGAGGAGCAGCAGCAGCAUCUUUACAAGCGGUACAGUGUGGAAAUGUCCAUCAGACACCUGAAAAAGACAGAGCUACUUAGCAAGGUGGAAGCUUUGAAGAAAGGCGGCCUUUCCCUACCAAAUGAUAUCCUGGAAAAAGUGGAUUCAAUUAAUGAAAAAUGGGAGCUGCUUGGGAAAACCCUAAGAGAGAAGAUACAGGACACAAUGGCAGGCCACAGUGGGUCCGGCCCACGUGACCUGCUCUCUCCAGAAAGCGGAAGCCUUGUAAGGCAGCUGGAGGUCAGGAUCAAAGAGCUGAAAAGGUGGCUAAGAGAUACCGAGCUUUUCAUCUUCAAUUCCUGUCUGAGACAAGAGAAGGAAGGAACGAGCGCUGAGAAACAACUCCAAUACUUUAAGUCGCUCUGUCAUGAGAUCAAGCAACGGCGCCGAGGAGUGGCCUCCAUUCUGAGGUUGUGCCAGCACCUUCUGGAUGACCGGGACACCUGCAACCUGAACGCAGAUCACCAGCCCAUGCAGCUGAUCAUUGUGAACCUCGAAAGAAGGUGGGAAGCCAUCGUCAUGCAAGCUGUCCAGUGGCAAACACGGUUACGAAAGAAGAUGGGGAAAGAAUCCGAGAAUUUGAAUGUGAUUGAUCCAGGCUUGAUGGACCUCAAUGGGAUGAGUGAGGAUGCCCUGGAAUGGGAUGAAACCGACAUAAGUAACAAACUCAUCAGUGUGCACGAAGAAUCAAACGAUCUUGAUCAAGACCCAGAGCCUAUGGUACCCACCGUGAAGCUAGAAGAGACACAGCACAAGGACUCUGGUUAUGAAGAGGAGGCAGGUGACUGUGGAGGGUCUCCGUAUACCUCAAACAUCACCGCCCCUUCCAGCCCACACAUCUACCAAGUGUACAGUCUUCACAACGUCGAGCUGCACGAGGACAGCCACACUCCAUUUCUGAAAAGCAGCCCGAAGUUCACGGGCACAACCCAGCCCACUGUUUUAACUAAGAGCCUCAGUAAAGAUUCUUCAUUUUCAUCCACAAAAUCGUUACCAGACCUUUUAGGGGGUUCUGGCUCGGUGAGGCCUUACUCGUGUCACAGUGGAGACUUGAGCCAGAAUUCAGGCAGUGAGAGUGGAAUUGUCAGUGAAGGAGACAAUGAUAUGCCAACCAGCUCCGACAUGAGCUUGUUCAGUGUGGUGGAUGGGUCCCCAAGUAACCCUGAAACACAACACCUGGACCCACAAAUGGGAGAUGCAGCCAAUGUGCUACAGCAAAAAUUGAAAGAUAAGGAGGAGUGCAUUAAGCUUUCAAGUGUCUCCCAGGCAUCCAUCUCACCAGCGGGCUGUGUAAAGGGAAGAUCUGGGGAUUUAAACAGUGUUACCAAACACGCCACUGAUUGUUUGGGAGAAGAAUUACAAGGAAGACAUGAUGUGUUUACAUUUUAUGAUUACUCAUACCUCCAAGGCUCAAAACUCAAAUUACCAAUGAUAAUGAAACAGCCACAGAGUGAAAAGGCACGUGUGGAGGAUCACCUUCUUUGUGGUUUUUAUUUUGAUAAAAAGUCCUGCAAACCUAAACACCAGGCUUCAGAGUUACAACCAGAUGCGCUGCCUCCCCAUGAAAGGAUUUUGGCAAGUGCACCCCACGAGAUGGGCCACAGCUCAUACAAAAGUAGUGACAUAGAGAAGACACUCGCGGGCAUUCAGAAUGCCAGACAGCUCUCCCUUUUAUCUCGUAGCUCUUCUGUAGAGUCCCUUUCUCCAGGGGGUGAUUUGUUUGGAUUGGGAAUCUUUAAAAACGGCAGUGACAGCCUCCAGCGAAGCACUUCUUUGGAAAGUUGGUUGACGUCCUAUAAGAGCAAUGAGGAUCUUUUUAGCUGUCACAGCUCUGGGGACAUAAGUGUGAGCAGUGGCUCGGUUGGUGAGCUGAGCAAGAGGACAUUAGACCUUCUGAAUCGCCUGGAGAAUAUACAGAGCCCCUCAGAGCAAAAGAUCAAGCGGAGUGUUUCUGAUAUCACUCUGCAAAGCAGUUCCCAAAAGAUGUCCUUCAGUGGCCAGAUGUCAUUGGAUGUCGCAUCCUCCAUCAAUGAAGACUCACCGGUGUCUCUUACAGAACUGAGUAGCAGCGACGAGCUCUCUCUUUGCUCGGAGGACAUUGUGUUACACAAAAACAAGAUCCCAGAAUCCAAUGCGUCGUUCAGGAAGCGCCUGAAUCGCUCAGUGGCUGAUGAGAGUGACGUCAAUGUUAGCAUGAUUGUCAAUGUCUCCUGCACCUCGGCUUGCACUGAUGAUGAAGACGACAGCGACCUCCUCUCCAGCUCCACUCUCACCUUGACAGAAGAAGAGCUGUGCCUCAAAGAUGAGGAUGAUGACUCCAGUAUCGCAACAGACGAUGAAAUUUAUGAAGAGAGCAACCUGAUGUCUGGACUGGACUACAUAAAGAACGAACUGCAGACUUGGAUAAGACCCAAACUUUCCUUGACAAGAGAAAAGAAACGGUCCAGCACCACUGAUGAAAUAAAGGUCAAUAAAGAUGGGGGAAAUACCGAGAAGGCCAACUCUUCGGAUACCCUGGACAUCGAGGCUCUUCUAAAUGGCUCCAUAAAAUGUCUCUCUGAAAACAAUGGGAAUGGUAAGAAUCCACCCAGAACUCAUGACUUAGGAACCAAAGGGGAAAAUAAGAAAAAUAUCUACGAAGUCACUAAAGACCCACAUGUGGCUGACAUGGAAAACGGCAACGUUGAAAGUGUUCCAGAAAGAGAAAAGGAGAAGCCACAAGGGCGUCUGGAGGCAUCGGAGAACCUUGCUUCAAAUGUGAAAAAGAUUUCUGAGUCCAAGCACGGCGAAUGUGAAACAUUAAUGGAUGGUUCUGAUGAUUCAAACGUUGCCAGAAAGGAAUUCAGUCCCCCAAAUGAGAGACAGCCUUCACAGAUAGGUCCCAGUCCCCAGCAUCCUGAAAGUGGCGACUGCACAUCAGUCCAAAACUCUUGCCCAGGACUACUGUCAGAAAGCAGCGUUGGAAGCAGACAAGACAGUGAUGGUCUGAAAUCUUCGUCUAAUGACGCACCAAGUGAGGCUAGAAAGUCUGCUGGUUGCUGCCUACUCCAACAAAAUGAGACAGAAGAAAAUGCUUCUAUCAGCAACAGCACUUCCUGUUGCAACUGCAAGCCAGAUGUUUUCCAUCAAAAAGAUGAGGAAGAUUGUUCAGUGCAUGACUUUGUUAAGGAAAUCAUUGACAUGGCAUCAACGGCCCUAAAAAGCAAAUCGCAACCUGAAUGUGAGGUGGCUGCUCCCACGUCGCUGACCCAGAUUAAGGAGAAGGUGUUAGAACACUCACAUCGGCCCAUACACCUGCGGAAGGGGGAUUUUUACUCCUACUUGUCUCUUUCAUCCCACGACAGUGAUUGUGGGGAGGUCACCAAUUACAUAGAUGAGAAGAGCAGCACUCCAUUGCCACCAGACACUGUGGACUCUGGCUUAGAUGACAAGGAAGAAGACAUGGACUGCUUCUUUGAAGCCUGUGUUGAGGAUGAGCCUGUUGAUAAGGAAACUUGUCUCCCCAGUGCCCUUCCAAACGAAUCAGCAGUCCCGGAUGACACUGCUGAGCCAGAACAAAUGACAGCCAGCUCUUCUGUGGUCAGUGGUGAGACAGACAUGGUGCCUCUUUCAGGACUUUCCCCUCAGAAGGGAGCUGAUGAGGCAAAGGAAGGAGAUGAUGUGUCGCACACUUCCCAGGGCUGUGUAGAGAGCACAGAGCCUACCACCCACUCAGGAGAGGCCGGUAGAGAGGGGAGUUCAAGAAAGCAAGGUGUAUCAGGAAUGCAGGAAGAAAACGCUGCUUCAGCUAAGCCGAAAAUUCAAGCUUUCUCUUUGAAUGUGAAAAAGCCAAAAGGCAAGGCUGCGCUGUAUCCCAGCCCCCAAACUUUAACCUGUAAAGAGAAGCUCAUAAGCUUUCAUGAAGAUCGACAUAGUAACAUGCCUAGGUAGAAUGUAAUGCCCCCAAGCAUGGAAAUCAUCUCAUUGAAAGAUAGCCUGGCUGAAGCUCAGGGCUAGCCCGAUCCACCCUGGGCUGGUCUUGGGUUCCACCCUGUUAUCACUGCCGCCUGUCACAUUGACUUUCUGAAGAUGAACCUUCCUUCUGAAUGCGGUCUGUCCAUGUGGGCCUUUCGAUCUGGAUGUGUGCAUUGCUUCUCUUAGAUGAUCGUCUUAGUUCCUCGAAGCUGCUUGUUCUCCCUCGGAUUCCUGUCCCAAGCUACCUCUGGCAACCCUCUCUCUCCAGCAAGACUUCUGUUUUCCCUCUCCUCUCCCUCCUCCUUUUAAAGCUCUGCAGUUCACCAAAUGGAUGGUCCAUUAAACCCACUGUCUGGAAUGACACCCCUCCCAUCAGUACUUGACCAAUUUUAUGUUUUGCUCUGAAAUUUUUCAUGAUAUUAUACCUAUGUUUAUUGAAAGAGAUUUACCUAAAAAUCCACCCCUUGAUUUGAUUGUAGUAUAGAGGAGGAGAUACAUUGAUCCUUAUGUCAAAAUUAAGUGAUGUUUGAAAGUGGCAUUUUAAUUAUUUCUGUUUAAUAAUGAUCUAUGCAGCACUUCAAGAAACAACUAUAACAGUGUUGUGUCAUAUAAACUGGUACAUUCUACUAUUAAGUUUGUUUUUGGUUUCUAUGCUUCUUGAGGUGGUAAUGAGAAAAAAAAUUUUUUUUUAAAACAGUGUGCCUUGCUGUAUUUCUUAUACCAUUUAUUAAAAAGCUGCUUUUGUGGUAAUAUGACGUUGGUUUGAAAGGAGGAAAUAGCAAGGUUAAGAUGCGUGGAUAAUUUCUGUAUAUAUGUGUAAGCUAGAACAAACACUGAUGUAUGACAGUAUAAAAUGCUUUCAUGUUUGUGAUGUCCAGUGAUGUGGAGAAUAUAAGCCUUAAACCCGUCCGAUUGCAUGGUAAUUAAAAUUGGCAUAAUAAAAAUAGCUUAUUGAGGGAAAGGAAAAUUAAUGAUCUCUUCUACCUGUGUUCUUUACCAAAUUCUUGCAUCUGGUUCUGGAAAAGAAAAACAGACAGGCUCCAUAUAUUUUCUUCCAGAAUAUCCACAUUGCACAGAAGGCUUAAGAUACUUACACUGCAGACUAACCAACUUCUGCAGACUGACUGAAGCUUUCAUAAUUUUCAAAAUCUUUCUGUUUCACUGUAUACAUCCUGAAAUAGCAAAGGUUUAAAGGCCAUUCCCAUCAACAAUGUUUCAUUCUUAAUGUUUUUAUUUCCACUUGUUAAUUGUUUAAAGUUGUAUUUGGAGUUCUCUUAC